AAAUAGUCGUGGCUGUAUUUCGAUCAUCCAAAAUUAAUAUCCACCAUUCCCCAAGUGGUAAUGGUAGCAGCCAUGUUUAUAGCUUCAGUAACCACUCCAUUUCUAAGCCAUGGCUAUGGCGGCGCAGUUCUCUUAUAUUACCCUCAACUCACCCAACUUCCAUCUUAGCGCCAAACAGUUGGCAUUUUCCCGCCAAGUGAAUGGCCACUCAUACUUCACACGUGUCACCAAUUCAAGACGUAAACCCAAAUCGCUCUCCGUAAUGUGUAACAAUUCCAGUCCUUCUUCUGAUAUAAGUUCUACAGCCAAGAUAAGAAGUGAAGUACUUUCUCCAUUUCGAUCUGUUCGGAUGUUCUUCUAUAUUGCUUUUAUUGCAAGCGGUGGUCUUGGAGGACUUAUUGCCUCUACACGACUAAUUGCUGCAUUGGCCAAUUCAUCAAGAGCUGCUGAAGUUCCUGAGAUCCUACAAGGGCUUGGCAUAGAUCUCGGCGCUGUCUCCCUAUUUGCUUUUCUGUAUUAUAGGGAGAAUAAAGCGAAAAAUGCUCAGGUGGAAAAAUUAGCAAGAGAGGAAAAUCUCGCAAAUCUUAAGCUUCGUGUGGAUGAGAAGAAAAUUCUUCCUGUUAGUGAUUUCAGAGGAAUUGCUCGUUUGGUCAUCCUUGCUGGCCCUUCGGCUUUCAUUUCAGAAUGUUUCAAACUUAGUGCGCCAUUUACUGAUGGCCUUCUUGAAAGAGGGGUACUUGUGAUCCCUUUUGCAACUGAUGGAAUUUCUCCUAAUUUUGAGUUUGAAGGAAAUGAGGAGCUUGAGGAGAACAUUUCCAGAAGAAAAAGGCUGUGGCAGCUUGCUCCUAUUUAUACCACUGAGUGGACCAAGUGGAUAGAUGAACAAAAGAAACUAGCCAGCGUCUCUCCUGAAUCUCCAGUGUAUUUAUCUCUACGCUUGGAUGGCCGUGUGCGUGGCAGUGGUGUUGGUUGUCCUUCUUGGAAUGCUUUUGUUGUGCAAUUGCCACCAGUAAAAGGCAUUUGGUCUGGUCUUCUUGAUGGCAUGGAUGGAAGAGUUUAAGAUUGAAAUCAGAUUUCUCUUCUUUUCUCUUUUUAUUCUUUGAACAAUUAGAUUAUAUUAUGUUGAUAAUAUACUUCUUUUUUCCUUUUCAAUAUAAAAUUGCAGCAUUCACCAA